AUGCUCUUGAGAGAGCCUUAUCAGUUCAUUUUCAAGGGGUAUUCUAUUUGGCUGGAAGUGGAACAGCAAAAUGGGGAUUUGGACAAUGCAAUCCAAUGUGCAGCUUCUGAGAAGUCUCUCUUCCCCAUCCCGGAUGCUCACUGCACCGUCCUCUACGGAGCCACGCACUUGUCCGAGAGGGAAGCCAUGCAAUGCUUCCGUGACAAGGUAGUUCCUUUACUGGAGAGGCGCGGUGGGUGGCCAUCCCUCAAACCAAAAUGCUCCAACAGUGGCGUCGCUUUUGAUGGGGUUGAUGGGGAAGAGAUGGACAUGUCAUGGAUGGAGUUAUCCUUUCAUUCGUCCGAAGCUCAUGAAGCUAUGGUUGACAGCGUCUAUUCGUGUUUCUACGGCGGCAGCAAGAGAGGUUGCGUUACCACUGAGCGAAUUGGGCCCUGGCUUCCGCAUGUCUCCAUUGCCUAUGAUAGUCCCGAGGACACCGUGUUGGACGAAGUCUACACUGCUGAGUUAUUUGACAGAAUUCCUUCUCUCCUGAGCAAGUCUUGCAGAGAUGUUGUGGGCAUUUCUCUAUGGCGAACAGAGGGCAAACUAUGGGACUGGGAAUGUUUGGACAGAGUAUCCUUGCUCCCAGAAAAGAAGGCGUGCUGA